AGUUUGUUAUGGGAAGGAAAAUGGCGGCUGUUCGGAGACCGUACUAACUUAGUACUGUGGGACUUUUACUUGCGGCAAAAUGUACGCAAUGUUGUCUUCGGGGGAUGGAAAAAUAUCGUGAAGUGUGUAUUUUAAUAUUCGAAACCGACGCCGGGCCAUGUUUUAGUUACCUUACAUUAGUUGGACGCGUUUUUUUAUAAAGAAGACAUGGAACAAAGCUGGAGUAGUCAGUCAGUGAAGAAGCUAUAACGAUAAAUGAAUAAUAACUUCCUGUAAGUGUUCAAGUUAGUGUAUUAAACCUCCAAUUUUGGGACGUUAACGUGGAUAAUGUUUGCAGUUUUACAAAGUCAACAAAGAGCGUGUUGUAGUCCCAGUCACUAUCACUCUUCUGUAGUUACGUUAGCGCGGUACGACCGCUGGAAAAAGCCCGUGAACACACGCCUUCCUGCCGCUUGUUUACUCUCUGGUGGAGCCAUGUGGUGGUGGUGGUGCCCGUGUACAAAGUAGUCCCACUCUCAUGGGCGUUUUUUAUUGUUUUUUUUUUAAUUAUUCGCGUUAAACACCGUUGUCGGAGACAGAUUUGUUCGUUUUCCCAGAGAUAAUGGAUGAUUCAAAGCCACGGUUCAGCAAAAGACUGCGGGCGGGUACCCGGCGACGUUACCAUGACGAUGGCAUUUCAGAUGAGGAGAUCGAUGGAAGAAGGACGUUUGACCUUGAGGACAAAGUCACCAGUCAGAGGUUCACGUCUGACCGUGUCGUUCGCAUGGAAGGAAAAGACUUCACAUAUGAGUUCGUCCAGAGAUGUGGUCUGAGGGAACCGCUCAUCUUUGAGAAGCCCGACGGACUGGGACUCAAGAUGCCCGAGCCUGACUUCAGCGUCAACGAUGUCAAAAUGUUUGUGGGUAGCAGACGUAUGAUUGACGUGAUGGACGUGACCACUCAGAAGGGGACAGAAAUGUCCAUGGCACAGUGGGCGCGCUACUAUGAGACGCCGCCCCCUCAGAGAGACAAGCUGUAUAACGUCAUCAGCCUGGAGUUCAGCCACACCAAGCUGGAGAACCUGGUCAGGAGACCGACCACGGUGGAUUUAAUAGACUGGGGAGACAAGAUGUGGCCUCGUCACCUGAAGGAGAGACAGAGAGACUCGACAAACUCUAUCAGUGACAUGCAGUAUCCCAAAGUACAGAAAUACUGUCUGAUGAGUGUCGAGGGCUGCUACACUGACUUUCACAUCGACUUUGGAGGGACGUCGGUGUGGUAUCACAUACUGAGAGGAAGCAAGGUGUUCUGGCUAAUCCCGCCCACACCUCCCAACCUGGAGCUGUACGAGAACUGGGUUCUGUCGGGGAAACAGGGCGACGUUUUCCUGGGAGAUCGAGCGACAGACUGUCAGAGGAUUGAACUGAAGCAGGGCUUCACCUUCAUCAUCCCCUCAGGUUGGAUUCAUGCUGUCUACACUCCUCUGGACUCCAUGGUGUUUGGGGGAAACUUCCUGCACAGCUUCAACAUCCCCAUGCAGCUCAACAUCUGUAACAUCGAGGAUCGAACGCGGGUGCCGGUGAAGUUCCGUUACCCCUUCUACUACGAGAUGUGCUGGUACGUGUUGGAGCGUUACGUCUUCAGCAUGACCAAGACGUCCUACCUCACCCCAGAGUUCCAGAAACACUCGCUGGGCGUCGGUCUGAAGAAGCCGAGCGGCUCAGAUGUAGCAAUUGAGCAGGUGAAGGAGGAGGAGGAGGAGGAGGAGGAGGAUGAUGAAGACGACGACGACGACGACAGUGAUGAAGAUCCAGAGCAGCAGUCAGAGAAGACGGCCGUUAAAGUUCACCUGACUCCCUUUGAGGUGGAGGGACUGUGGAACCUGCUGGGCAAACUGGAGUCUCUGCCCUCCAACAAGAAGUGUGUGCCAGCAGGGAUUCACAACGCCCCAGCACUCAUGACGCACAUCAAGGCGCUCCUCAAAGAACACGCCAACGACAAUCCCAAACUGUCCUACACAGGAAAACCCAUCGUCAAGUGGCCAAAACGGCCCUCAUGGUACCAGCCGCCUCCUCCUCCACCGCCUCCUCCUCGUCCUAAAGUGGCCACCACACCCAUCACCCCGCGACCACAGAAACCAGCCUCCUCCAUGUCUGUGCUGAGGCGACGCAGAGUCAGGUGUAAGCGCUGUGAAGCCUGCAUGAGGCCGGAGUGUGGAGAGUGCAACUUCUGCAGAGACAUGAAGAAGUUUGGAGGACCAGGGAAGCUGAAGCAGACGUGUGUGCUCCGACAGUGUCUGUCUCCGGGCCUCCCUCUGUCUGCAGUGUGUGAGAUCUGCAAGGAGCCCAAUCAAGAGGAAAGUGGAGACCCGUCACUCAUCCUGAUGGAAUGUUCCAACUGUGCACAGAUCGCUCACCCUGCCUGCCUCACGAUCCAGGGCGAAGGACUGGUGAACAAAGACCUGCCCAGCUGUUGGGAGUGUCCAAAGUGUGUCCAGGGAAUCACUGACCAAGAGUCGUCAGGCAGCGAUGACAUGUUGGCUGCCAGCCACCAGCAGCACAUCCGGCCCCGCGGCCCCCUGGUCCUCAGGCUGGGCCCCGGACCCUCUGCUACCAUAGGGGGUCUUGUGGGCUCCCAGCAGGAUGGGGAGGUGGUUCGCUGUGGCUUCUUCCCUCCUCCUCUUCCUUCCUGCUCUUCCUCCUCCUCCUCCUCCUCCUCCUCAGCAUCACUUCUAAUGGUGGCGGCCCCUCUGCCUUCUCAGCCAAUCAGCUCGAGACUGUCGAGGGGCGACAAAGGUGACGGACUUCCAGUGAAACGUAAAUCCUCGACCCUUCUGGACGCCCGCAUGGCAAAGAUCUACAGAGGUCAGAGACACAACCGAGACGGAGACGAUUCAGGCAGCGAUGACGAUGAUGAAGCCUCUCAAAGACGAAAGAUUGCGCUCCAGGCUCGAGGGGGGGGCCACUCCUCCAGACGGGGCUUCGUCACAAACAGGAGGGGCCUGAUGAGAGGAGGCUCCGCCCAGAGAGGAAGCAGCAGAGGCGGUCUCGUCGGGUCCGGCUCCUCCAUGCUCAAGCUGAAGCGAGGGGUGGGCGCGAAGGAGAGUGGGCGUCGGGGACGAGGGGUGAGGCUGCGGGGAGGCUCCCGGAUGCAGCGCAGAGGAGACGAGUCGGACGAGUCGGACGACGACGACGAUGAUGACGACGAGGACGACGAGGAAGACGAUGACGAGGAGGAGGACAGCGAAGACGGCGGCAGGGACCAGCGGCACCGCCGCCACAGGAGGAGGCGCAGGGCCGACGACGACAACGAGGACAGCGAAGGCCAAGAGUUUGACCCCGAGGAGGACGAGAUGGACAUGCUGGAGGACGAAGAGGAGGACGAGGAGGAGGAGGAGGAGGAGGCGGAAGACGACGGACGCUGGGACUCGGACCCUGAACCCCCGGUCCUCCUGAUGUCUGACCCCAACGAUGACCUGCUGAGUGGCUCUUAUCUGACUGUCACCCUACAGCGCCCCCACAAGGCCAAGAGACAAUCUGGCUCCAUCGUUCCAAAGCUGGAAGCGGCCAUGGGUGUGAGGACGGCGUCAGUGAGCUCCGGUGGUCAGAGCUUCGUCCAGAGAAAGACGACGCUGUCCAAGGCUUCGCGGCUGAGGAACGCCGACACGGCGGCGGACAGCGUCACGCCGCGAGGCCCCGGCAGGCCUCGUAUGCGCGGUAACCACAGAGACAGAGGGACCAGAGACUGCUCGGCAUCGUCCUCUGAGGAACGGGAGGGAGCGUCCCCUCCGAUGCCGUCCUCCCUGCUGUCUGUGCUGUCCUUCAAGGAGGACGAGAAAGGAGGGGAGAAGGAGGUGUGGGUGUCUGUGUUCAGGUACCUCAGCCGGGCAGAGCUGCUGGCCUGCAUGACCGUCUGCAAGGCCUGGUACAAGUGGAGCUGUGACAAGCGUCUGUGGAGCCACUUGGACGUGAGCCGGUGCAGCCCGCUCAGUAAUCAGGCUCUGGCAGGGAUCGUCAAACGCCAGCCCGUCUCUCUGGACCUGUCCUGGACUCCACUGGCCAAGAGACAGCUCAACUGCCUGCUCACCAGGCUGCCAGGUCUGCGUGAGCUGAGGGUGACUGGUCUGUCCUGGUCUUGUCUGUCGGCGCUGGUCUCUCCCACGCUGCCCUGCCUGCGGCUGCUGGACCUGCGCUGGUGCGACGGCCUCGACGACACUCAGAUCAAAGAGAUGGUCUCUCCCCCGGGUGCAGAGUCGUCGCGCAGCAGACUGAGGAACAUGCAGACGCUGCGUCUGUCCGGCCUGGACGUCAGCGACUCCACCCUGCGGCUGCUGCAGCGUCACAUGCCUCAGCUGGAGACGCUGGACCUCGCUCACUGCAGGAACGUCACAGACUCGUCCAUCGCUCUGCUGGCAGCUGCCGGGACUCACACCCGCAACCACCUCACCGAGCUCACGCUGGCAGGUUGCAGUGAGUUGACAGACGCCUGUCUGUCCUACCUGAAGCGUCUCUCCUCUCUGACUCUGCUCGACCUCAGAGGCUGCAAGAGCGUCAGCAGACGAGCGUGCGACGCCUUCAUCUCGGACCUGUCGCACGUCGCCCUCUACUGUAUGAUGGAGGAGAAGCUCAUCCAGCGCCUGGACUGAGAACAAUCAUUCAUUCACUCACUCACCUUGUUUCACAGCCUCUCCUGUCGUGAACCCUGAGACAUAAAAUGUCUCCUCCGUCAUUGUCUUCAGGUGCAGAGCUGUGGUGUGAACCUGAGCCGACACUCAAACACAGUGUCAGGAUGUUAUUUUUUAAAAAUCCACAAUCACUGACUGAACAGAUCAUGUGACUCCUCCCUCGUGUGCAGGAUUAUUUUUCAGAGAUCUAUUUUUGUUGCCGAGUCAAAAAUAAUAAUGUGUGACAUCAGUAAAGUCCGUGUAUAUAUUCUUUCUUUCCGUCAUAAUAUUGACAUUUGUACUUUUUGUGACAGUGUGAUAAUAAAAAAAAAGGUUAAUCCUCUCA